GGCUCGUAUCCGUCAAUUGCUACCAGUGACUGCUUGUCACCGCUGACGGAGCAUUCUACAAUGGCACACGCCUGUACUCACUGCGGCCAUUCUAUACUCGACGCGACACCCGUCCCGCCCUCCCCAUGCCCUGAAUUUAUCCAAUCUGGCAUCCCCUCCUCCGAUUUCCAGACUGAAGCGAUUCGGGACGCCAUCUCCUCCGCAGCCGCGAGUGCACUCGCCAUCGAAGCCGAGAUCGAGCGCACAAAGCUGUACCUCUCCGAUCUCUCCGCGCGGCACGCUGCGCUCAAGUCGUUCGCGCACCAACACCGGUCGAUCAUCUCCCCGUUCCGCCAACUGCCCAUCGAGAUCCUCGGCGAAAUAUUCGUUGCGCUCGCGCCGACGACGUUUUCCGGCCCGCUGCGCUCCGACCCGAAGUGGCUGCUCACGCGCGUGUCCCGGCGGUGGCGAGACGCGGCCGUCGGCACGCCGAAGCUGUGGGCGCGCAUACACCUGUCGUAUGGCAGUCCCGCGUUCACGAGCGCCGCGUGCUUCGAGCUGCUGCUGACGCAGCAGCUGCGGUGGUCGGGGCAGCACCCCCUCGACCUCCGUUGGACGGAGACGAGCCAGUUCCCGCCGGAUCUGCGGCAGUUUGUGCUGAAGCUGCUGUUCUCGGCUGCGGACAGAUGGGAGCGCGCGGAUUUGACGGUCUUGUCCGAGGAUCUGCGGAUGUGGAGCGGCGUCGAGGACAUGUCAUUUCCGCGGCUCCGGACUCUGAAGCUGGAGACGGAGACGUACGAGGAGUUCGCGGAAAGCCUGUUCGUCAGGUGUCCGGCCCUGGAGCAGCUCGAGUUCCCGGCCGCACUGUUCCCGGCCCUCGCGCGCAUACCGUGGCACCGCCUCAGAAAGUGCACUUUGCACCACUUCAACGCGAACGGCCUGUCCGAGGUCAUCCGACGGGCGACGAAUCUGCUAGAAUUGCAGGUCGAUGGCACCGCUCGGGAUCCCGACACUUUGGGCCCGACUUCCAUGGUCGUCUCCCAGACACUCACGUCAUUCUCCAUGACAUCGGUCUUCUGGCGUGCGCAGCCGCAGAACAUGCUGGAUUCCUUUUCCGCUCCAUCACUUGAGAGACUUACGCUAUGGGACAGCACGCCAGGCGAUGCGCUGUGCGGAUUCUUACUCAGGUCCCAGUGUCCUCUCAAAUACCUCACCCUCUAUGGUCUGGAGAUCCCUAUGGACUUCAUCCUGGACAUUCUCGCGUGCGUUCCGACGCUGGAGCACUUGUGCAUCAGUGACGAGAUCCUCGACAUCACCGAAUCCGACAUGGAGUCUCUCGCUUACGAUCCGGAUUCGACCACGUGCGGACUCUUACCCAAUCUGGAGUCGCUGUCGCUCUCGGGAGUGUUCCUGUGUCCCGAGUUCUAUCUGAACGACAUGCUCCGAAGCAGGUGUGGGAAGCUGCGCUCCGUGAAGCUCUAUCCCAGCUUCGGGUCCACCCUCAAUCUCCUCUCGCAGGAGACGUUGGUCGAUGGUAUAAAGCUGUCGUGGAUUCAAGAAUUGACGCCCUGGUGAUCGUACUGGCUGUAAUCGCAAACAAACAGAGUGAACUUGAAUAAGCUAUCGUCCGGCCAUGCCUGCCGUUCUCAGAAUCGUGAUGAUCAGCUACGUCACGGUGCAUGUCGGGAAGAGCCCCGCCGCAUUCCCGUUCAGAUGCGUGUUUUGGCACUGGUAUACAGCGGAUCCUUGCCCUGGUGCGGCACUAGUUGUGAAGUUGUUGACGUUGAUGUCAGAGCAGCGGCUGCCGGGAGAGCAGGCUAUUUUGGCGACCAAGGAGCCACUGCCGGUCCCAGAGAUACUGGAAAGCAAUCAGAGGUCUGUUUGCAAGACAGGAGCUUUGGCUCACUUGUUGAACCAGACAUCCUGGAUGAGAACAUUGGAUGGAAACGCAGCGCACUGUAACACGAGCGGUCAUCAUGUUGAAAUGGGAUGUCAAUGUGGAAUUUGACUGACCUGAUCGACAACGACGGGGUUAUUCACGAGCGACUCGGAGAAAUGGUUGAACGUGAUGUUGCGGACGAUGCCGCUGCCCACGUUCGGCCCCGCAAAUGCUUUGAUGCGCGCGCCGUUUUGACCGUUCGACAUCACAACGUCG